AUGAGCGGAAUAGCAGGAGACCGCCGGAUAUAUGACCUCAACAUUGCCCUCAUCGUACUCACGACAGUCAUUGUGGCUAUGCGUCUCUAUUCCCGUGGCGUAUUAGUUCGAGCACUCGGCCUCGACGAUCUACUAGCCUGUUUUGCAUACGUGCUAGCUGUCGCUCUAUCAGGGCUGGAGAUUCGUUCCGCCUUCGCCGGCGCCGGGACGGACAUGACGUUUCUGACGACCGAGCAACGCAUCAAAUUGUUUUCGCUGCGGCCUGCAAUUCUUCUCAUCUUCUUUGCUGGCACCUGCUUCAUGAGGUUAUCCAUCCUGGCCUUCCUGCCACGGCUGAAUAAAUCACGAACAUACAUCCGUUGCAUAUGGGUAACCGGAUUUGUCAUUGUCGCCAUCUCUAUUAUUGCGAUCAUAUGGCUUCUUACUCAAUGUAGCUCCGUGCAGGAUGUCUUUGACGCCGGAAAGCCCGACAGAAAGUGCAGGCCCAUGAGCCAGGAGGGUGACAUGGUCUGGGCUCACAGCAUCGUUGGGGUGUUCACCGACAUGGCCCUGUUCAUUCUGCCCAUUUGGAUUAUCUGCAGAAAUCUUAUAAGGGUGACUGUUCAUACUGCAAAGGUCUUUCUCGUCUUUGCGGUUGGUCUAUUUGCUAUUAUCACGGGCAUCCUUCGAUUUGCUAUCACCGUCACCGCCAACUUUGAGGUGAAUACUUCCCUUAAAAUGGCUCGUGUCAGCUCCUGGACCGCCUUGGAGGUGCAUGUAGGCAUCUGGUGUGGCUGCUUCGCUGGACUUCAACCUCUAGUACGACUGAUUUCGUACAAGCUCAAGCUCCGCAGUCGGCUCGGCAGUACCAAGACGCCACCGGCAUCUCACACUCGACACAAUGGCCCGGGAAUCAUGCUAAACGACCGUGACUUGCCUGGGUUCGGCGGAUCCCUCAAGACUGCUCGAGUGUCGAAUACGGAGACAGAUGCAGCCAGCAGCAGGGACAUGCUGAGCGACAGGAGAUCGUCCGGGCAAGAGGUAGAGCUUGCCGACGUGGACAGUACCGGUCGUAUUUUGAGACAGACGUACGUGGAUGUUAGAGUGGAGGAAGGUCUCCCAGUCACGGAUCGCCAAGAAGUCAGACACACCUGGGAUGCCUUUUAG